AGCACGCAUGGAUUUAGAGGAUAUGAAAAUUAGGAAGGAUUUGCACUUAAAGAGGCGCGCGGAUGGGUCCUUUGAAAAGCCCAUUGCAUUGUUCACAUUGUCCCUAAAGGAAAGACAAGGUUUUUGUGAGUUCUUAAAAUCGAUUAGGUAUCCUGAUGGGUAUGCAGCAAACAUCUCUAUGUGUGUGAGCACAAAGGGCGGCAAGUUAUCCGGUUUGAAAAGCCAUGAUUGCCAUGUCCUUAUACAACGACUUCUUCCUAUUGGAAUGCGUGGGUAUCUUAACAAGGACAUUUCUAUUGCAUUGUUUGAGUUGGGAAAUUACUUUCAACAGUUAUGUUCAAAAACAGUGAGGGUGAAUGAUUUGGAAAAAUUACAAGAGAGCAUAGUACUCAUACUUUGCAAGCUAGAAAAAAUUUUUCCACCUGCAUUCUUUGAUGUGAUGGUUCACUUAGCUAUUCACUUGCCUCGCGAAGCCAUUCUUGGAGGGCCAGUGCAAUAUCGAUGGAUGUACCCUAUCGAAAGAUUACUCGGGAUUUUGAAAGGGUAUGUAGCAAAUCGAGCUCACCCAGAAGGUUCAAUUGCAGAAGCUUACAUUGUCAAAGAAUGCCUAACUUUUUGCUCUAUGUAUCUUGGUGGGAUUGAAACCGUAUUUAACAGAGAGGAAAGAAAUGAAGAUGGUGGUGAUGUUGGCUCAGGGCAUUCAGUUUUUUCACAAAAAGUCCGUACUUUUGGGCUCACUCAAAGGGCAGUUGACGUGUCUGAGAAUGAAAGAAAAGUGGCUCAUUGGUUUAUCUUGUAUAAUAGUCCUGAAAUUGAUGAAUAUCUAGAGUAUGUUCUCAUUUAGUUAAGUCUAUGCAAAAUGCUUUUCAUUAUGAUCACACUCAAGUACUAAUUAUUCACAUUUGAUUUUUCAAGUAGAGAACACAAGAAUCAGUUACAAAAUGCAAAUGUACAUGACAUUACAAGACAACAACAAGAAGAAUUUCCUAGGUGGUUCAAAGAGCGGGUAAUAUAUAAGAUACAUAGAUAAUAUGUAACCUCUCAUCAUAAACAUAAUUCACUGUUCGUAGAUUGAUAUUAACAUCAUGCAUCCUUGUCACAUGUUCAUGUAGAUAAAUCAAUUACGAGCUGAAGGAUCAUCGGAAGCAACUGAUGAGUUGUGGUCAUUAGCUAAUGGUCCUAGUCCAAUAGUGAAUAUUUAUUCAGGUUGUAUUUGUAAUGGCAUUCGAUUCCACACGAAAGAGCGAGACAACCGUCGUAAAAGUCAAAAUAGUGGGUUGGUUGUUCAAGGGGAUCAUCAUGGUAUGUCAAUUGAUUUCUAUGGUCAGUUGACUAAAGUUUGGGAAAUGACAUACAUGUUCGGGCAUCGAGUUGUGUUGUUUCAAUGCGAAUGGUUUAACACUGGUAGCAACAGAACAUUUCGCACUGAAACACAUUUGACAACCAUUGAUGUAAGAAGCCGUUGGUAUCAAAAUGACCCAU